AUGGUUCGAAUAAUUCCCAGCAGGCUCAAGUCGAGCGCAUCCAUCUCCAACACUGCUUCCAGCAACAACAGCAGGGCAACCAGUCCAAUGAGGAACAAAGGAGACUCAGCAAGCCCGGAGGGGCGCAGGGAGACAGGUUUGGUGUUGAAUGUUGUUAUUUUGAGGGGUCGCAACUUGGCCGCAAAAGAUAGGAGCGGAACUUCGGAUCCGUAUCUGGUCUUGAACUGCGGUGAUUCCAAACACGUUACUGCGACAGUAUCGAAAUCACUCAACCCGGAAUGGAACGAACAAUGCGAAUUUCCAAUCAACGGAGCACAGCACCUGCUCCUUGACGUCUGCGCCUGGGACAAGGACAGGUUUGGUAAGGACUACAUGGGCGAGUUCGACCUUGCAUUGGAGGAAAUAUUUCUGGACGAGAAGACGGAACAGCCGCCGAAAUGGUACCCCCUAAAGAGCAAGCGACCUGGCAAGAAAACCAGUGUAGUUUCCGGAGAAGUCUUGUUGCAAUUCACCAUCUUCGAUGCCUCCAACCGCGAUGCCACACGCCGCGAUAUUUACAACAAACUUAUGAGCAUCGUCAAGGCUGCGGCGCCCGAGGCCGAUGCUUCGUCCAAGGACCCUACACCAACCCUCACGCCAGUGUUGGCCCCGGUGCGCAAACCCAGCAGCUCAGGAAACUCCCCGUCCCCACCCCUUCUCAGCAGGCGGCAGACUUCGGAUCUUGGAGGAGACGGGGCGGAAAACGGGGACGAGGACUAUGAGAUUUAUGACGACGAGACGCCCGAGGAACCAGAAGAGGCUGAUGAUCCCAACCAGCCCGAGGUCAUUGAGAAGAGGAAACGGAGACUCAGGAUCAAGGGUCUAAAGCGCAAAAAGAGGGACAAUGGGUUUGAAUUUAGCAACAGCAGUUCCGAUGUGGUCGGUAUCAUCUUCCUCGAGAUUCGCAGCAUCACCGACCUGCCCCCAGAGCACAACUUUACCAGGACUAGCUUCGACUGUGAUCCAUUUGUGGUGGCCUCACUGGGCAAAAAGACGUAUCGAACUCGUACGAUUCGGCACAAUCUGAACCCUGUUUUCAACGAGAAGAUGCUUUUCCAGGUCUUGAACCACGAACAGCAGUAUUCUUUCUCGUUUACCGUUAUAGACCGUGACAAGUUCUCGGGCAAUGAUUUCAUUGCAUCUGUCAACUUGCCCAUCAAAGAAAUCAUGGAUAAGGCUCCCAGGGCAGACCCGUCUACCGGUCUGUACGAGCUCAAAGAUCCUCCAGAAUAUACGCCGGAGAAGCGGUCUCGAUUCAUGAGACUUAGUAUGUCGCGGUCCGCCUCUUCUGCAUCCCUGUCUAAACUGAGCCGGCCGUCAUUGAGCAAGUCUCCGUCGGUGGCCUCUACCGCCACAGCCCAAGGCUCUGCGACGCCGUCGCAAGCUGCAGCGGCCCCCUCGACAUCGCCUGGUGCUGGUGGAAUGCUCUCGGAAGCGGUGGCCAAAUCCAACGCAGCCAACUCUGGGCUGCUGACACCGACCGAGAACGCCGGUGCGGCCGCUGCGGUUUCUGCUGCGGCGACUUCCGGUGGAGAACUGAACCCGGACAGCGAUGACCCCUUCUUCGUGUCCUUCGAGCUGCCGUUGAAAAUGAAAAAUCUCGAAAAAUGGGAGGACAAGCACAGCCCAGUGCUCUACAUCCGUGCCAAGUACAUGCCUUACCCAGCGCUUCGACAGCAGUUCUGGAGAGCUUUGCUGCGACAAUACGACGCCAACGAAAGCGGCGAGAUCAGCAAAGUUGAGCUCACUACAAUGCUCGACACGUUAGGGUCGACGUUGAGAGACUCUACGAUCGACAGUUUCUUCCAACGGUUUCCCCACAAGGCUGCAAACGGUGAAGAUGGAGUCGAGAUCACCAUGGACGAGGCAGUUCUUUGCCUCGAGGAUCAAUUGUCCAAAUCCAAAUCGGGCUCGACAAUUGGCGACAAAGUCAAGAAUAUACUACCGGACGCCGAGAAGGUCAAGGGGCUACUUUCGGUACCUGGCCACACGGCAUCAGAAACGUCAGGCAGCGGUGAUACAACCCCAGCUGAGGGAUCAUCAUCUACAACUCUGACCACAGAGGACAGCACCAUCAAGGUGCCAGAACUUAGUGACUCGGGCAUGGAGGGAGAAGUUCUCGAGCGCGGGGACGACUUGAAUGACCGCGGCGAGGAGCAUGUUGUUAUGAUUAGAGAGUGCCCCAUCUGCCACCAGCCUAGACUCAAUAGGCGGAAAGAUGCAGACAUCAUCACGCACAUCUCGACAUGUGCCAGCCAGGAUUGGCGGCAGGUCAACAACCUCAUGAUGGCAGGCUUUGUUACAGCCAGCCAGGCGCAUCGCAAGUGGUACUCCAAGGUCAUCACCAAAAUCUCGUACGGUGGCUACAAGCUCGGUGCCAACUCGGCCAACAUCUUGGUCCAAGACCGAUUGACGGGCCAGAUCAACGAAGAGAAGAUGAGUGUGUAUGUGCGUCUGGGCAUUAGGCUAUUGUACAAGGGGCUGAAGUCCAAUAGUAUGGAGAACAAGAGGAUUCGGAAACUCCUAAAGAGCCUUAGCAUCAAGCAGGGCAAAAAAUACGAUGAUCCUGCCUCCACGGCUGAGAUCCAGAAGUUCAUCGAGUUCCACAACCUGGACAUGUCGGAGGUCCUUCUGCCGAUCGACGAGUUCAAGAGCUUCAACGAGUUCUUCUAUCGUGCGCUCAAGCCUGGUGCAAGACCCUGCUCGGCGCCCGACCGCUCGCGCAUCAUCGUAUCCCCCGCUGAUUGCCGUUGCGUGGUGUUCAACCGCGUCGACGUUGCAACCAAGGUCUGGAUCAAGGGGCGCGACUUUUCCAUCAAGAGGUUGCUGGGUGACGCUUACCCGGAGGAUGCCAAGCGCUACGAGAACGGAGGCGGUCUGGGCAUUUUCAGGCUUGCGCCGCAGGACUACCACCGCUUCCACAUUCCGGUGGACGGCGUGCUGGGCAAGCCAAAGACGAUUGCGGGCGAGUAUUAUACAGUCAACCCCAUGGCCAUCAGGUCUGCCCUGGAUGUGUACGGUGAGAACGUGCGUGUCGUGGUGCCAAUUGACAGCCCCGAGUUUGGCCGGGUCAUGGUUGUAUGCAUCGGCGCCAUGAUGGUAGGCAGCACCGUAAUCACCAGGCACGAGGGCGACGAGGUCAAGAGGGCAGAGGAGCUGGGUUACUUCAAGUUUGGAGGCAGCACGCUGGUGGUGCUCUUUGAAGAGGGCAAGAUGAAGUUUGAUGACGACCUUGUGGACAACUCCAAUGGAGCGCUUGAGACUCUGGUCCGCGUCGGCAUGUCAGUAGGACAUCAUGUCAAUGAGCCCCAGUGGACGCCAGACAUGCGCAAGAACGAGGAUGAGAUCACAGAACAGGACAAGAAAGAUGCCAAGCGCCGCAUCCAGGGAGCCGAGUUCAGCGACAUGACACCCGAGGACAGCGGGCCCGAUGAGAGCCCGGCCAAGCCGUCACUGACGACCAGAAUUGCGGGCUGA